UGAGAGCUGCAGGUUGGACGGCAGCGCCACUUCUCCUCACUUCCCCUCGUCCCUCGGCGCCGCGGUGCGUCACGCAGCCUCACUGCCGGCGGAGAAAAGUGCAGCUUCAGCUGUGGCAUCCAGACGAGAAAAAAACCAGCCUGAUCCUUCCAGCCUGCCGGCUGUCGUUCCCCGAGAAAAAAAGUGAACUUUUCUUCUUCUUCACGGAAAUGCCGCACCUGAAGUUUCCCCGCGGACGGUGAAGGUUUGGAGCUGGAGAGGAAAAGGGCGCAGCGGUGGAGACGCUUCCAAUGGAGAGAGGCUGAAUCAACGCGUCCGGAUCGUUCAAGUUUCACAAGGUCUGAUCAACACGUUGUUUUGGCAUAGCUCCAGUGUGAGGUGGCAUGUCAAAUCGUGACUCCAUGGGCUUUGGGGACCUGCUGCCCCAGGAUGUGGUUCAGAUUUUUGCCGAGGAGAAGCACAGCAAAAGGGGCCGCAAGAAGCGCAGUCACUCUCUCGGCCGGGCUCUGGGCUGGCUGAAGGGCAAGAAGAGGAAGGAUCUCGGCGCUAAGGGGAAAAAUCUGGGCCUCGGUCCUGCACUCGACUUGGCCUUGUACGGGCACCCAGCCGGGCAUCAGGCUGGACACAAGGGAGGGCAGAAGACGGGGAGAGCAGCACACCCACACGGCAAUAGUCAUGCUGUUCCAAAACGAGAUGACAAUGACAAGACCCUGGAUCCCCUGGUGGUCCAGGAGAAUGUGUUCAUAGAGGCCAGUAGGCCCAAGCACCUGGAGGACCUUCACACGGAGGCCCUGGAGGGAUUGAAAAUGAUGCAGGAGGAAGAAACCAAUAAUGGAGUGGAGUAUCGGGAUAAUGAAAGCACAAUUUCAACAAUGACGGUCCAAACAGACGGGGAGGGUGGAGGGUUUAUGACAGACAGCACCAUUGCUGACACAACCUCCGUCGUCUCAGUACAAUCAUCUGUGUCCACUAGAUCCUCCCGCUCUGGACUCACCAGGCAAGGAUCAACCUUCAGGCCCCUGAACUCUGGGAAAAAGUCAGAAAAGGCCAAAAGGAGAAGACAAAGGAAGACUGUUGUGGGUAUCCCACAGCAUGUUCAGAGAGAGCUGGGGUUGGACAGAGUUGACUGGAAACUGACUCAGACAUUAGAUGAGGAACAGUUUUAUAAUGGUGAUACUGACAACAGCCCCAUGACUGAUGGGCCACAGCAAGCAGCAGACGCACAAAGGGGAGCCAAUUCUCGCCAUCGGCACAAAAAGGUCAUCCGGCCACUCAACAAAGACCAAGUCGAGCAGCUCAGUGCCACCCAUGCUGGUCAUAGGGAUGACCUGGCCCUGUUGCACCGCUUGGGUCCUGACUUUUCAGGUGGACAGAGGCCCCGGUCCCUCGCUGUUCCCUGGAUGACCACCGCCAACAGCCACCAACAGGAACCGCCCAGCCCUGUCAUGUCCAUGUCACCACAGGCUGCUUACAUGUCCAAAAUCAUUCCCAAUGCUGUGUUGCCGCCGUCCAUCGAGGUGGUAGAAAUCUGCCGCAGACAGAGUCGCAGCAGCCUCCGGACUGUCAGCAAGAGCAGCCUGCUGCUCUCCAGCCCAGCCCCCUCCCGUGCAUCUUCUAGGGCCUCUUCAUCCAGAACCACUUCCUCUAGAGCCUCUAACAUCACCUCCGCCUCCCGCUACAACCCCCACAAUCUAUCUGACAGCUCUUGUUGGAGCAACUCUGAGUCCUCAGACACUUUAGUGUCUGACUCUUCAACUAUCUCCAGCAGCAGCACCCCAAGACAGAAGAAGUCACAGGACGGUGAUUCUUCUUCCAAGGAGGACAAAGUCAGUUUUCACUCCUCUAUCAGCAAGGCUUCCGAAUGCAACUCUAAUGGCAGGCUCAUUGGUGAAGUAGACGCGGCUAAGAAAGAGGAGCCGUUUGUGCGUAGCCUCUCUGUCAUGAAGCCCAAGAAGGCUCCUCCUCCUCCAAGCCGCUCCUAUUCCCUCCACAAUAAGAUGAAGCGAAGAUCACGUGAUCUGGCUGAGGUUAGGAUAAUCUCAGGGGAAUCUUCUCUCCAUAGAAUCUCCACCCCAGUUGAGGAAAAUGAAAACAACGAUUCGGGACCUUUUCCUAUGCCCUCCAGUACCAUAGAUAGCCCCGGUUACAAUGCUGACACCAGUUCUCUGGAUGACUCUACAGGCUCUGUGUCAUUCAGUCUCAUUAAAUCCCAGGCAGCAACGGCAGAGGAAGCUGUUAAGGUUGAUGAAAAGGUUUCCAUAGGUUCUUCACAAGAGAAGCAGGAUCCGCUUCAGGAGAAUAAGCCAAGCAAAAUAAUCUCCCCGUCCAGUGGCUACUCCAGUCAAGAUGCCACAUCCCCACAGCUUUGUAAACCGCCUCAGAGCUCAUCUCCAAGGCACAAGAGGGGAAUCUUAGCAAAGCUUCAAAAGUUAUUUCCUGGGCCCACCAAUUCAGCUCCAUCCCCUCUCACACAGCCAGGUGCUCCUGAAAACGGUAAAUCCUCUGGGAAUGAUAAAACUGACUCAGUUGAGCUAGUCAGCGUCAGUGCCUCUGUUAGGACACUGAGAGAACUCUUUAACAUUCCUCCGCCACCUAAAGUCCACGCACCUCCAGCCCCUCCUCCAGAGGUAUGGGCUCACAGCAAGCGUAGCUUUGAGUUGCUGCUGGGACCCCCGGCACCUGACAACAUAUAUGCCAUCAUAAAAAGGAAUCCAAAAGACAGGAGACAACAGAGGCAGCCCCCCUCUGCAUCGACCGAUGGCUCUGGGAAGAGCUUGGUGGUAGAAAGAAAACACAAGAAUCCAGCUAUAACAGUGGAGUCCAUUAAUGGAUCCCUACAAGUGCUUGAGAAAAGGAAAGUUCAAGAAAGUGUGAUUUUGACUGCAGAGUUUCAUAAAGAGAACAAUGAAAGACUGGCUCAGAAUGUAGAUUUGAAAGAAGAUAGCAAAGUGACAGAAAAAGGUGAGAAAGUAAUAGUAAGUGACAUAUUGAACGGGAUGUUAGUGAAGGCUGUUGAGAAACGUGAAGAGAGACUGGCAGCAGCAAUGAGAAAAGAAGAAUCCAAUAAGACAUCCACACAAACAACAGUGGUAAAGACAAACAUGGAUACCUUACCUGCCAUUUCAUUAGUACGCAUAUCUCCAUCCCCAUCUCCCCUGGUGUCACACCAGCCUCUCCAACCCCUUGUUAAACAGACCACAGAAGUUGCGUCUGUUACAUCAGUACGGGCUGUUGUAUCUCCCGAGUCGUCCUGGCCUCCACCACCUCCACCGAUGACACAAGUGGGCAUUGUUAGGCCUGAUGAGAUAGAAUUUCCCGUUCCGCCUCCCCCGUUAUUUGGACAGGUAGGGUUAGUCAUACCUGUUCAGGUGCCACCAGAGAGGUCCAUUUCUGGUAAAACUGCAUCUGUUGUGUCAGUGGUGACGACAGAAUGCAUUAAGGUGACCACAGAGGCUGAACCACAGCAGUCCAGUUCAUCCCAGGGGAUUGGUGCUCCACCACUCAAUAUCCCUCCUCCACCACCAUACACAGCUCCCCCUCCGCCUGUGAAAGACGUCUCUCCUCCUACAAUUCAAAAGUUCUGUUUGCCACCAAAAGAGAUCUCUCCACCACCACCUAAAGUCUCUCUUCCACCACCCAAGGAAUUCUCUCCACCACCACCUAAAGAGUUUUCCCCAUCACCACCACCACCACCACCACCACCUAAAGAUUCCUUUCCACCGCCACCAAAAGAAGUUUCUCCACCACCACCAAAAGAAGUCUCUCUACCACCACCAAAAGAGGUCUCUCCACCACCACCAAAAGAAAUCUCUCUAUCACCACCAAAAGAAGUCUCUCCACCACCACCUAAAGAGAUCUCUCCACCACCACCUAAAGAAAUCCCUCCCCCAUCACCAAAAGAUGUCUCUCCACCACCUAAGGAAUUCUCUCCUCCAUCACCUAAAGAGGUUUCUCCUAUCAGGCACAAACAGUCCUCUCCUCCUCUGGUUCAAGAUGCCGCCCCUCCCCUGGUUAUCAAAGUGUCCCUUCUCCCAUCUACAGAGAUCCCUGCUCCGCUUACUGAAGAGGUUGCUCUUUUGUCUUCUCAAGAAAUUGCUUCUCAAUCUUCUGUGGAAGAAAUACCUUUUAGCAAGCUCAAUCCACCAGAAAGUAUUCCACCUCCACCACCCCUACCAUCACUACCCCAGUUGUCAGAGCAGGAUAUUGAUAUUCCUCAAGAGUACAUCCUACACGAAUCUGAAAUCAGUUUAGUUUCAUCUAAGAGCAUUCUCACUCCCCCUCAGAGUAUCCCCCUUCUGCCCAACACUGAUGGGACAACUAUCCAUGAGGUCCCACCAUUGCCACCAUCUGAAGUCUUAACGCCAAAAGCACCUGAAACCCGUCCUUCACCAGAAAAGACCCAAGAACCUUCUCCUUCUCAAACUGUAAACAUCCCAUUACCUCCACCUUUACCUGUGCAGGGUCUAACCAGCAUUAAGUUUCAGUCUAGCACUGCAAACACAGAAAACCAAAGUCAAGAGCUGAACUCUGACUGUGUUGUACUGGAAGAACCCGUUCCCGUUGUGACCCCCUUCCUCCUGCAGAUGGUCAAGCUGCGGUCUGUCAACAGCAGUCCUGAGCCCUCUAUAGCUCAAGAGCAAUCAGAGGCUGAGAUCAUGAUGAGGAAACAGCAGCCCAACAAUCAGGUCCCAAUCUCAUCUGCUAAUGGAGAAGCUCCCCAAAAACCAAUCAGACGGUCCCUGAUAAUGACCUCUCCCACAUCCACUUCUCCACCUGUCAUAGUCACUUCACCACCAAUUUUGCCCAAGUCUCAGUCUCUUGUGGCUCCAUUUGCAUCUUCAUCCACAGUAUCCUCCCCAACAAAAAAGUCUCCUCCUGCCAUGAUUGCCUCUCCAUCCAUGAACCUACAAGAGGCCAUCCGCAUGAGGACAGCAGCCAGGUCAAAAGAAAGCCCUCCAUCUCGCCUCAGCCUGCAAGCACCUACAUCACCAAUAGACUUCCAUAAGUCCCCUAGGUCCCCUUCCAGCACAGCAAGUUUUAUCUUCUCCAAGAGCAACAAGACGGUGGUGAUUGAGACCAGGCCAGUGCCAGAGGCCAAGACAAGUGUGCAGAAUAAGCUGGAGGUUUCCUCUGUAACAAAGGUGGUGAGUGAAGCAGAGUCAUUGAAGAAGGCAGGCAAGGUGCCACCACCUGUGGCAAAGAAACCCAAAUCGAAGGCCAAAGACAAUGACACCAGUGAAGCGACGGAGCAAACUGCAGGACAGGAAGCACAGCAAGAGAGUAUCCAGUGUAAGAGAGCCGCAGAGAGGACAAAUGGGACAUCAGGUACUGCUGAAGAAGGAGAAACAUCAUCAACAUGAUUGUAAAGACUGAAGGAGACCGGGAACGACUUACUACUAACACCAAAUUCACUGCAAGUUGAUCUUUGUGUGUGAGAGACAGGAUUCUGACAGAUGCUUAUUUCAGAAACUGGAUUUUGAAACAUGCUGGAUUUUAUACAAAAUCAUUUGAAUGUGUUGUUAAUGGUGUGGGUCUUAAAGUACACAGUUUGCAUUUUACUAUAAUAAUAUAAUAAAUUGUUUAUUUUCUUUUGCCAUAGGGGCAUUUUGAGUUUUACUGUUGCAAGAGAUGGGAAUCUACUGCCCUCUAGUGCCAAACAAUGAUUGUACCACUUAUGUCCUGCUGAAUCAGAGCUUGUAGUUAGUACUCAUAACAAUGGGACUUUUGGGCACUCAUCUGUACAUAUAGCAACGUGUUGUACAUUUAAUAUAUCCAGUAAUGGUGGAUCUGUGCUAUGCAGUUCUUUUCUGUAUUUUCCCCAAAGAAUUUCCACACCAAUUAUAUUUGUUAGAAAGACAAAUAUCAAUUAACUUAAGUUAUUUUUCCUGUCAUGUUCAGAGGAGGGUCCUCUACAGACAGAAAUUCUUCUUUGCAAUGUUGUGUUAAACCCGAAUAUCAUCAUAUAAAUCUGUUUGUUUAUAUAGAUCCUAAUCCUAUCCAAUAUUUGUUUCCUUUAACAAAAAAAAUCCCAUGUCAUUUGUUUAUGAUUCAAAGCUAUCUAUGAGCAUGGCCACUGAUAUGACAAAAAGAGUGGACAUGGAAAGUUAUACUGGAACUGCUAUUUUGGAGCACAUUUUCUGCUGCUUUUAGUUACUGAUAAUGAAAGCUUUGCCUUUCUUACAGAUAUUAAGGCUCAAACAGUGGGAUAUUUCUGUGUUGGACUAUAAUAUAUUUCAAAGCUUUUUUGGACAUAAUGUGACAUAAAUGAUCAUUUAUUAUGGAAAGAAUAAAGAUUUAUGGACAAAAGAAA